CGUGGCCUGACACGUAACUUAGAUUUACUUAGUAUGAAACCCGAGGAAAAAAAACUACACGAUUCAAUACCAGAGGGCAAGUUGUUUAUGAUGGAAAAGGGGAAAGAUUGUCAAGCUAUAUGGGAACAUUGGUGCGAUCUCAACACAAUGUACCCAUCCAAUUUCAAGAUUGGAAUCAUGUUAGUGAAGAUGUGAAGGAAAAGAUUUGGGCCUUAGUAUUGGAAAAAUAUGAACUAGAAGAAACAUGUAAGAGCUACAUUCUUCAAUGUUGUGGAAAUUUGUUUAGAAGCUAUAGAAAUAAAAUGAAGGCCAAGUAUUAUAACCCUUAUAAUACAGAUGAGGAGAGAUUGUGCCAUCGACCUCCACACUUAUUGGAUGAUGAUUGGAGGUGGCUCAUCCACUUUUGGGGUAUACUUGAGGCCAAGGUAAAGAUAAUGAUCUUUUCUUGAUAAUGUAUCUUAUGAUACUCAUAUUCACAUAAAAUGAUAUUUAUUAGUUAUAUCUAACCUAAUACUUCAUGUAUAUAACUUUUAUUACGUUUCUAUUACCUAUAUAGGUGACUUGCUAUUUUUUAAUUGAUGUAGGAUAUCUCAGAAAAAAAAAACAAGGCAAAUAGGGCAAAACAAGUGAUAAAGCAUACAUCGGGAUCAAAAAGUUAUGCUCAAAUUCGAUAUGAACAGGUUGAAAAUUUAUUAUUAAUAUGAUUUGUUUGUACAUAAAUAAUUCAUCAUAAAUAACUCAAUUGUUUUACUUAUAAGAAUAGGCAUAAAAGAAGGAGGAUCGAAGUGAGCCUAAUAGAAUUGAGAUGUUUGCCCUGACACACACAAGAAAAGAUGGGACGCCUGUUGAUGAUCAUUCUAAGGAGAUUAUGGAUCAAUUUCAACAAUUACUAUCCCAACCUGAGGGGACAUCUUCUUCUACUUCUGCAUCAUCUAGAGCAUCUACAUCUGUAGCAUCUACAUUUGUAGAUGAGAUAUAUACUCAAGUCAUGGGUCCAGAGAGGCAUGGUCGUGUUCGAGGGUAUGGAUUUGGUCCUACUCCUACCUCAAUCUUUGGUUGUACUAGUAGAAGGCGAUCAGGAGUUAUUCUUUCAACACAACUUGAAAACGCCCAAGAGAUGCUAAUAGUUGCAGAACAAAAGUUUACAACUGCAACUGAAGAACUCUCAAAUGUGAAAGAUGAACUCUCACAUGUGAAAGAAACAUUUGAAGAGAGGUUGAUAGAAGUUCAAAAAAAGACACGUGAAGAAGUGAAAGAAGAGUUUGAAGAAAAAAUGAUGGAAAUGCAAAGAAAAAUGCAAGCACAAAUGCAAGCACAAAUUCAAGAACAGAUGAUGCAAAUGAUGCAACAAUUUCAGUAAAAGCAGUAGACAUUUGAAGAUUUUGCUACAACUUUAUAUGAUAGAUUCUCUUAACUUUUUUGAAGAUUAUGCUACUUAUUUAUAUGAUAGAUUCUCCUAACUUUUUUUGCUUUCUAUGACUAUUAUGUGAUGUUUGGUUGGUUGAUUUGUUAUAUUAUGUUCUAAUGUGAAACUAAAUUUGAAUCUCUUUGUUUUUUGUUUGUUUGGUUUUUUUUCGUUAUAUUAUGUUUUUUUUAUUUAAUGACUUAUAUUGAUAUAUAAGUUUUUAACUAGCUUGGAAUAAUUGAUUGUAAUAUAUUGAAAUUGGUUU